UAGCGUAACUUGUGUACCCCUGAAACGUGUCCGGCGGAAGUUGGGCCCUCGGCCUUGUUGUCACAAAAGAAAUGGCGAGCGGCAUAGGCAAACAUAAGAUUCUGAAUGUGGGGCCAACUGAACCUUGGUCAGUCAGGGAAAAACUGUGCCUGGCCUCCUCUGUUAUGAGGAGUGGUGACCAAAACUGGGUGUCUGUAAGUCGAGCCAUCAAGCCUUUUUCUGAGCCUGGUCGCCCACCUGACUGGUUCUCUCAGAAACACUGUGCCUCACAAUAUUCUGAGCUGCUAGAAGCCACAGAAGCCCCUAAGCGUAAGCGUGGUGAGAAGGGCGAGGUGGUUGAGACCAUUGAGGAUGUCAUUGUUCGCAGGCUGACUACUGAGAGGAUAGAGGAGCUGAAAAAACUACUACGAGACACGCAAGAACAGUACAGGAAGUUGAAGAAAGAGGUGGAUCUAAUACAGACAGGCCACAUGGACCCCCAGCUGAAGGAGCUGUGGGCAGAGAUCACACUAAAAAAGAAGCAAGAUGAGGAGGAAGCAGAGCAGAAGAGGAAAGCAACAGAAAUGGCAUAUCAAGCUCGACAGGCGAUUAAAAACACCCCCAAACGUCUGCCGAGUGUCACUGUUCGUUCUCCUCUGGGUGCCAGCCCUACUGGCAUGGACUCCCAGACUGACUCCUCCGUCCCCACACCGCCCAUGGACCCUGCGGCCAUUGCUUCAGAUGACACCAGUACCCACACUGUCCAAGGCGUAGGGGUUUUUCUCCCGGUGACAGACGCCCCUUGUCUGAAAGAUGGAGGGCUGGCCUCUCUAGUAGAUGACUCCCCACAGAAGAGGCUUCUGCCACAGAAGGCCACACCUCCGCCUUCUCCUCUCCUAUCAGAACUGCUGAAAAAAGGCAACCACAUCUCGGCCAGCACCCGCCUUGUUGCUGACGGAGACUCCUCUGGAAGCCUUAGCAAUGGAUUACAGACUGCUGCUUCAGUCACCACGCCAUUACCAUCUGGCCAUGAUGUCAUCACAGAGGGGGAAGUCGAAGCUGCAGUGAAGGCUGAGCUUGGUGAGGAGACCGGAUUAGUUGAGGAGGACCUUGUAGCUGUAUCUUACAUGGGAGAUGAACUGGAUCUGGACACUGUAGGAGACAUCAUUGCCAUCAUUGAGGAGAAGGUUGAUGACUCGGUGGAGGCUUUGGAUGCAGCAGCAGUGGAAGCAGCUCUGUCUCUGUGUGAAGAGGCUGUCUCAGAAGGCCACACCCUCCCGGGUCCCUGGGAGACUCAGGAAUUAAAAGAAUCAGACCAGACAUCCACAGUCGAAGACCCUGACCACAUACAGGACCCUUGUGAUGUGACGAGUCUGUCCAUCCCAACCCCUGUCGGCGUGGAGACGCAGAGUCAGCCAGAAACUCCAAACACAGAGGAACAGGCCAAGGGAAAUUGCGACGAAUCUGUGGCGGAAAAAGAUGUAAGUUUGUGUGGCACCUCAGACGAUUUUGCGGUUGGAGAUGACGUUACAGAAGAGGGCACAGCAGAGAAGGAGGACAUUAAUGCAGUCGUGAAGAGUGAAGCAGACGAGUGGAACCAACCUGAGGCCAACCCGCCCUGCCUAGAUUCUGAGGACAGUUCUGUCUCAGGCAAAGAGUCCAAGGAGGUUAAGGAGGAAGAGGUGGGGAGUGAGUGUGACCCCGAAGAGGGGAUGGAGCUAAAAGAGCAGUGUGGCGAGGGGGAGGGUCCCUAUUUGUCAGAGGUGGAGCGGGCAGCCAGCGAGAGCGAAGAUGGCUACGGGCCGCCUUCUCAACGAUACAUGGCCGAUUCAUUGGCGAGCAGCCCUGCCUCUUCUUCCCAGCUGUCUACAUGCGGUGAGGACCAAGAUGCCGUGCAGGCCCAGAAAAUCUGGAAGAAAGCCAUAAUGCUGGUGUGGAGAGCUGCAGCUAACCACAGGUAUGCCAGCGUCUUUUUACAGCCUGUGUCCGAUGAAAUUGCCCCUGGUUACCACAGCAUUGUACACAGACCAAUGGACCUAUCUGCCAUAAAGAAGAACAUUGAAGCCGGUGUGAUCCGUACAACGGCAGAAUUCCAGCGCGACAUCAUGUUGAUGUUUCAGAAUGCUGUCAUGUACAACUCGUCAGACCACGACGUUUACCACAUGGCGCUGGAGAUGCAGCGUGACGUCCUAGAGCAUGUCCAGCAGUUCUUGGCCACCCAGCUCAUUAUGCAGACCUCAGAGAGCGCCAUCUCCGCCAAGAGCCUCCGUGGCAGGGAGGGAAAUCGCAAACCAGGCGAGCCAGCUGAGAAGGACAUGGUCCCAAUGGCCUCUCCUGCUUUUCUUCUCUCUCUCUUUGAUGGGGGCACCAGGGGUCGCCGUAGUGCGAUGGAGGCCGACCUGAAAAUGAAGAAAUAAACUUGACGCUUUGGAGGCAAAAACCCCGGAAGCAAGGAAGGUGGAAGUGAUGUGUAGCAGUUGAGUAGAGAGGGUCUAUUCAAUCUAUGGGCCUAGCGUGUUAGCAUCUGUGCUAGUGGAGUCGUUUGUUCUAGAUGAGCGUUGUGUGUGGAUGUGUGAUGUGUUUUUGAUAGAGCCGCAUCUCAAUUAGGACCUUGGAUUGUAUUCAGGCUUCUCUUUGGUCAGCCCGGGAAAACGUCCACAUUUUCCCCGUCUUUCCCCGCGCCCUCCCUUUUAAUAAUUUAUUUUAUUUUCAAACGCUAAUGUGGACAGGGAUGAUUGUAGAAGAUGCUGAAAAGAUGAACCAGCUGUGAUGCAAGGGGUGAAAUUGAAUUCUGAAUGACAUUUAAUGAACCCAACAAUCGGUUAGAAAGCAAAAAUGCAUACCUGUUCUGCAUGUUCUCUAUUUUAGGACUUGAAAUUCAAUAUUUAUUGUUUUUUUUUUUUUUUUUUUUUAAAUCUUGUUUGGUAUUUUUUUAUAAGUUGCUAAUUUAAUUAGU